AUGCAUCCGGAGUGUUAUCGCGCGGAGGGAGUCACGAGGGAGGAGCUGGAGACGCGCGUGCACGGGUUGGACGCGCUGAAGGAUGGGGAUCGGGAGGUGUUGCUGGCGACGGUGCUGUCGCCGGAUCGGCCGGAGAUCGAGAACACGGCGUUGGACGUGACGAGCGAGGAGUUUUUGCGUCGGCCGGCGGUGGAACCGAUGGAGGCGCCGCGGGCGUUGACGCGGCCGUUGUUGGGGUUUCAGCGCGAGGGGUUGCGGUGGAUGUGCGAUAACGAGAGCGGCGAUGCGAAGGGGGGGAUAUUGGCGGAUGAGAUGGGGAUGGGGAAGACGAUACAGUGCAUAUCGAUGUUGCUGGCGAGGAAGGAGGCGUGGAUGCGAGACCGCGCCGAGGUGGGGGAGAUGGUGACGGACGACGACAGACCGCCGCCGACGCUCGUGGUGGUGCCGACGUCGGCGCUCGUUCAGUGGGAAGAAGAGAUCAAAUCGUGCGUCGAGGAAGGGUCGCUGCGCGUGUUUGUGUAUUACGCUGAUCGCGCAAACGUCGUGGAAGGAGACUUUAAAGGAUACGACGUCGUGUUGACGACGUAUCCCGUCGUCGAAGCCGAGUGGCGGAAAAUCAUCAACCGACACUUGACGGCGUGUCAGUGGUGUGGGAAAAAGUACUUACCUCGCUCCAUGGUGACGCACUUGAAGUACUUCUGUGGACCAGACGCCGUGCGCACGGAAAAACUCGCGCGGCGCGAGAAGAAAAAGAAAACGCCGGCGAAAACCGAGGAAGCGGACGACGUGAAGGCGUCCAACAUCGACGACAUUCCGCAAACCUCGCAAGGUGGUUCGCAAGGUGGGAGCCAGUUUGAAGACGAAGACGACGUAGAUUUGUCGGAUUCCCUUCUUCAUCGCACGCAGUGGCACCGAAUCGUUCUCGACGAAGCGCACAAGAUCAAGGCGCGCACGAGCAACACCGCCAAGUGUAUCUACGCUUUGAAAUCCACGUAUAAGUGGUGUUUGACAGGUACACCGUUGCAGAAUCGAAUCGGCGAUCUUUACAGCUUGGUGAGAUUUUUGCGUAUGGAUCCGUACGCGUUUUACUUUUGUUCGACGAAGGGUUGCGAGUGCAAAACGCUCACCUGGAACUUCGGUCCUCAGGCGCGAUUUUGUACCAACUGCGGAUGCGGCGCUCCUAGGCAUUAUUCGCAUUUCAAUCGCACCGUGCUAAACCCGAUCAACCGUUAUGGCUACAUCGGUGACGGCAAGAAAGCGAUGCUGACUCUUAGAAAUGACAUUUUGUUGCCGAUGCAACUUCGCCGGACCAAGGCGGAACGCGCCGAGGACGUGCGACUGCCGGACUUGAAGAUUAUCAUUCAAGAAAACACAUUCAAUGAGGUUGAACAAGACUUUUACGAGUCUCUGUACAUGCUGACGCGCUCGAAGUUCGACGCGUUCGUGAAGAAAGGGAGCGUUUUGCACAACUACGCACACGUCUUCGAGCUCCUCGCACGACUGCGACAAGCGUGCGAUCAUCCGUACUUGGUGAUUCAUUCGAAGAGUGCGAACGUGAAAAAAGACGCCCCUGACGCGCCGAAAGUUGAAUCCCCGGCAGACACCGACGUUCCGAAGCAUUAUUGUGGCAUGUGUCAGGACGAAAUUGAGGAAGAAGACGCGGCUCUGGCGAAUUGCAAACACAUUUUCCAUCGUGAGUGCAUCAUGCAAUACGCGUCUUGUGCGCCUGCGGAUGGCAAAAAAGUGACUUGUCCCGUCUGUCGCACGGCGUUGACGAUUGACUUCUCUCCAGAAAGUCUCGAAAACGUCAAGAGUGCCAUUAGUCGUAAUUUCAAGGAUGCGCUACCAGACAAGUCAAUUCUCAACAAGCUCGAUCUCACGCAGUACACGUCGAGCACAAAGGUUGAGACGCUCGUUAACGCUCUGCGAGACAUGCGUAAUCAAGAAAAUGGGCACUUAAACAAAGCCAUCGUGUUUUCGCAGUACACAGCCAUGAUAGAAAUCGUCGAAUGGCGUUUGAAAAAGGCCAAGUUUACCAUCGCCAAGCUUCUCGGUUCCAUGCCGGUCACGCAACGCGCGGCGAAUUUGCAAGCUUUCCGAGAAGAUCCAAACGUCAGCGUGAUCUUGAUGAGUCUCAAAUCUGGCGGUGAAGGACUCAACUUGCAAGCGGCGAAUUACGUAUACGUUCUUGAGCCAUGGUGGAACCCAGCGGUGGAAAUGCAAGCCGUGAUGCGCGCACAUCGCAUCGGGCAGCUUCGACCGGUGACCGCUGUUCGAUUUUCGACCAAAGGCACGAUUGAAGAACGCAUGAUGGAGCUUCAAGAAAAGAAGCAGCUUGUGUUCGAAGGGUGUAUGGACGGCAAUCAAGCCGCGCUUUCUCAACUGACUGCCGAAGACUUGCAAUUUUUGUUCAAGCGAUGA